AUGGAACUGGAACUGGAAACGGGGAUGGAAAUAACCAUCCGCUCUGACCUCUCACUCCUCUACCGCGUCCUGCGCGCUGUGAUAAGACCGCUUCGCCCCCGUCUCGUUCGGCCCAGCAAUCGCGCCCAGCCGGCGGGCUCGCCGCGUGUUGUUCCGCCGAGGAAGCGGGACGUUGUGGUCCAAGAGACGAUGUGUGAGGGCGUGUGGAUGUAUUAUUUUGACCCGGCCCCAAAGAAGAGGAAGGCGAAGGGGAGAAGGCACGUCGAAAAGGUCGGGGAUGGUAGUCCCACGGAUGAGUUGGUGAAAGAUGGCGUCGGCGCUGGCGCUGGCACAGGUCGGACUACGGGACAUCAUCCACGCGUCCGACGCAAACACCGCGUCUACUACUUCUGCGGCGGGGGAUUUCAAUCUCCUCCCGCGCCUGAGCACUGGCGCUUCCUGACGUACCUCUCGCAGGACCUCGCGAGCCAUUGCUGCAGCAGACCACCAACCGGCAGCGGCCAACAUGCCAAGGGCCUGGGUCAAGAUGCCGAGCCAGGCGCGGAGAUCGAGCUGGUUCUCGUGAGUUACCCAUUGGCACCGUACAGUCCGGCGAGUGACAGUCUGGAAAUUCUAAGGAAGUGA